UCUCGAGUAUGAUAUUGUUUGUCUCUGCAACAGUGACCUGCAAACUAUGACGCGAAUUGAUCGACUCUGCCGAAAUAAUGGUAUCAAGUUCUACAGCGCGGGCACAGCAGGGACAAUGGGCUACAUCUUUAACGAUCUGAAGGAACAUGCUUACAUAGAAGAACGAAAAUCUUCCAUAAAGGAUGAAGUGACGGUCGAGAAGAUUGAAAAAUCAAUGGCAUUUCCAAGCCUAGAAGAGACACAGCAGGGCAUUUGGGGUGCUACUAGCAUGUCAGAGAUGUCCCGACAGCAGCUUCGCGCCUUCAAGGCUGGAUCGGAUCCGGUAUACUUUGGCUUCAACCUUCUUUGGCAGUUUUGGGCAAAACAUAACCGCUUACCGUUACCUGGUUCGAGUAAUGAUGUGAAUGCGCUUCUGCAAUUGAAAUCUCCGUACUUGAAGUCAGUUCAAUGUGAUGCAUCGUACGUGACCGACGAGCUUCUUCGAGGCUUUGCACGAACGGCCCGCGCGGAGAUAUCCCCUGUGUGCGCUAUACUCGGCGGAUUUGCGGCUCAGGACAUUUUGAAAGUGUUAUCCGGCAAGGAUGCGCCUUUGAAUAACUUCUUUUGCUUCAAUGGUGAUGAAUUCUCUGGUAAAAUCAUCCACUUGCCUCCUCCUGUGGCUGUGAAGGCUGCAGGUCAGCCAAAAAACUCUCAAGAAACGAUGGUAAUCGACUAGACUGAGCUGACGCUGUGGUCAAAAUAUAUAAAGCAGCAGUAUAAAGCAGCAGCACUUUGCAUCAAAUCUACAUGUUGAUAAGAUGGAUCUCAAUUUCUUUAUCCUCUUGCCGGAACAAUAGCAAUAUCUAAUAUAUACGAAUUUGUACAGAGGAACCUUCGCAGGUCAUGGAUUAUGUCUGUGGGUAACUAUGCAGUCGCUCACUCGGUCCAUCGAUGUCCGCAUUGGGUGUUGCAGCAUACAUAGCGGAGCU